GCAUAAACAAAUAUUCCCUGUGGAAAAACCCAAAGAAAACACAAGUCUCUACGCAUUCUUCUCUCUUCAAAUUCUCAGAAAAUCUGCAAAAAAAAAUAAAAAUUUGAAGGGUGUUCAAAAGCAAGCUGAGUAUUUGCAGAUAAGUUAUCUUAAAUUAUAUCCUUAAUUUAAAUUUUGGAAAAAAAAAUAAAGAGAAAAAGCAAGAAUCUUUGUUUACAGCUGAAUAAAGGGGGUGUUUUUAUCUUCAGGGUUCUUUUCUUUCAAUUGGGGUUUGCUUGUUGAGCUGCUUACAAUAGAAAGGAGAAUUUUUUUUUCUGAUAUAUAGUGUUUUGUUUGUGUUUUGUAAUUUUUGAAGAAUACCCUUUUGGAUUUAGGGUGAUAAAUCUCAGUUCUUUGAGUUAUUUCUUGGUAUUUUGUGAAAAAGAUUGGAUUUUUUUUGGUUUCUUGGCUUCUGGGUUCUGGUGGAUUUGUUCUGAUUGUAAGUUUCUGUUUGGUUGGUGAAAUUUCCUUAUCUGGGUUGUGGUGGGGUUUGGUUCUUGAUUUCUAAUCUGGUGCAAAGACUCUAUUUUUGUACCAGUUAGGUCCUGUUACUUUUCAUCUGUUUUAGUGAUUUGGAUUAGGAAAUUAGUUUGAGUUGGGAAAGUUGGAUUUGUUGAGCUCAGAAUGGGGAAGGAAAGUUGGACAAAGUCGAAAAAGAUAGGAGGUAAAUCUGGUGAAAGUAGUAGUCCUAGAGCAUUUGAUAAGGACACUGCAGUUUUCAUUGCUAUGUCGAAGGAACUUAAGGAUGAGGGGAAUAAGCUAUUUCAGAAAAGGGACUGUGAAGGGGCUAUGCUGAAGUAUGACAAAGCUAUCAAGUUGCUUCCGCGGAACCACAUAGAUGUUUCCUACCUCCGUAGUAAUAUAGCAGCUUGCUAUAUGCAGAUGGGACUGAGUGAAUACCCUAGAGCGAUCCAUGAGUGCAAUUUGGCUCUUGAAGUCACACCGAAAUAUAGUAAGGCGCUUUUGAAGAGAGCUAGGUGUUAUGAGGCUUUGAAUAGGCUUGAUUUGGCGCAGAGAGAUGUUAAUAGGGUGCUGGAGAUGGAGCCGAAUAAUCUCAUGGCUACUGAGAUUGCAGAGAGGGUGAAAACAACCAUCGAGCAAAAAGGUAUUGGGGUGAAUGACAUUCUGGUAGAUUUGAUUCCCGUACCGGAAUAUGUUGAACCGCCUUUUGCUUCAAGUCACUCCAAAUCAUCAAAAGAGAAGGCUCUAAAGAAGAAAAUCAAGAAAGUAGAGGAGAAGAUGGUUAAUGGGAAGGCGGAGGAGAAGGAAUUUGAACACGGAAAUGAAUUAAAGCAAACCGAUAACAGGAAUGAUGAAAGGUACACUGAGGACCAAAAUGAAAAUACAGAUAAAGACCAGACUCAGGAAGAAAAGGUUGAUGACAAGAUGGAGGGAAAUAAAGCUGACAACAAGACCAACAGAAAGAAAGCUAAGGAUAAGAGUAAGGAAAAGAAGAGUAAGGACAAGAUCGAGGCAAAUAAGGCCAAGGAUCAGCAUGAGGAGAACAAAGAUGAGGACAAUGAGGAGAGGAAAACUGAAGAUAAAUUGGUGGUGGAGGAAAUUAUCAGUCAUACCACUGAAGAAGAGCCAAAAAGAACAGUGAAAUUAGUAUUUGGGGACGACAUAAGAUGGGCCCAAGUUCCUCUGAACUGCAGUAUCUUGACACUAAGGGAGAUCAUAGGCGAUCGUUUCCCAAGCUUAAAAGCAGUCCUAAUCAAGUAUAGGGACCAAGAAGGCGACCUGGUUACGGUGACAACAAACGAGGAAUUAAGGUGGGCUGAAGCUUCUGUAGGACAUGGUUCUAUAAGAUUCUAUAUCGUGGAAGUUAGUCCGGAGCAGGAUCCUUUCUAUGAGAAGAUCAAAGGUGUGGAAGAUGAUCAUAAAUACAAUGCACGACAUGAUAAGAUUGUUGAAAAUGGAAAUGUUGAAAGAAGCAAGGAAUUGCAUAAUGGACCAGUUUGCAUUAAUGAUUGGAUCUACCAGUUUUCUAAUUUGUUCAAAAACUAUGUUGGAUUUGAGUCCGAUGCUUAUCUAGAUCUCCAUGAAGUCGGAAUGAAGCUAUACUCUGAGGCUUUGGAAGAGGCAAUCACAAGUGAAGAAGCUCAAUGCCUUUUCAGCACAGCUGGAGAAACAUUUCAGGAGAUGGCUGCUUUGGCAUUGUUCAACUGGGGUAAUGUUCAUAUGUCCAGGGCACGGAAAAGGGUCUACUUGAAAGAAGAUAGUUCCGGAGAAGCUUUGCUUGCACAGAUAAAAAUUGCUUAUGAUUGGGCUCUAAAAGAAUAUUCAAAAGCAGGAGAGAGAUAUGAAGAGGCAUUAAAUAUCAAACCAAACUUUUAUGAAGGUAUCCUCGCUCUGGGGCAGCAACAGUUUGAGCAGGCAAAACUUUCUUGGUAUUAUGCGAUUAGCACUGGUGUCAAUUUGGAUUCUUGGCCUUCUACUGAAGUUCUGCAGCUUUACAACAGUGCUGAGGAAAAUAUGGAAAGAGGUAUGCAGAUGUGGGAGGAGGCAGAGGAACUGCGUCUGAACGAACUAUCAAGCACCAACAAAACGCAAUUGCAGAAGAUGAAGUCAGAGAAUUUGUUCAAAGGAAUAUCUGCAGAUGAAGCUACUGAGCAAGCUGCAAACAUGAUGUCUCAGAUAAAUUUACUAUGGGGUACCAUGCUAUACGAACGAUCACUUAUGGAGUUCAAACUUGGGCUUCCACUCUGGCAAGAAUCUUUGGAGGUUUCUGUUGAAAAAUUUGAAUUGGCCGGAGCUUCUCCAACAGAUAUUGCUGUUAUGAUAAAGAAUCAUUGUUCCAACAGUACUGCGACAGAAGGGCUGGGAUUCAAUAUUGACGAGAUAGUACAAGCAUGGAAUGAGAUGUAUGAAGCAAAACGGUGGGAAAGAGGCGUCCCUUCUUUCAGGUUGGAACCAUUGCUUAGGCGACGAGUUUCCAAGCUGUAUCAUGCCCUUGAAUUAGCAUGAGUUCUUGUUAUGGUGUCAGAGGAAUCAAGAAAGAAACUCCCUAUUACGGAUGUUGUUGCACCCAGUCUAUGCUUAUGCUCACUGGGAAGGGACUGUAUGUGCUUCAGCUGUUAAUACAGGUUUUGGAAUUUGGACCUUGUGACACUAUCACACUAAGGAUUGUGCAUUACCUGUUUUCGUUCCAUCGAGUUUU